UCAGCAUGAUGCCUCUGUUUUUGCUAAUCAGAUAUCUCCCACUCCAAAAAAGAGUGUCCUGUCUCCAGUUCAACUUGAUUUAUUCCGUGGCUUCAAAAGAGAACCAAAUCUGAUCAGCAAUCUGAUCCUUGGCAUCAUUUAAUAAGUUCACUCUAAGAUAGCAAUCGACAAAAGUUUUUGUAUUUGUUGUGCUUCAAACUAACAAGGUUUGUAAACAUCGACAUGGUGACAUCGUGGAAGUAGUUGAAACCAAACAUCUUGGAUUUUAUUUAGCAGACUUUCAGAGAUGAUGGCUAUGUUUGUUAUGGAGAGGGUGGGAAGAUGCUUUCUUAUGUUUUUUUUUCUUUUCAAUUUUUUCUUCCUUUUUAUCUGGCACCUUUUUUUUUUUUCUAGUUUGUAUUACCUUUCAGUACUGUAAUUAAAACUUUUAAUAAAAUUAUCUUUUUAAACAGUUAGUUGGAGCAAGAUUGCCAUUAAAGUCGACUAUACCAAGUCUACCCAUAGAAUAUUUUUGCUAUAUUGGAAGUGAUAUAGCUUUAUAAUUUGACUUUUCCUUCUGUGAAUAACAGGCUCUCUGGAAGAAGGAGAAAUGAUUAUGCUGCAACAAUAUCUGGUCUCCAAGCUCAGAAGCAGAUUGUUAGAGCAAAAGGAUGGAGAGGUGUGAUAUAAUGUCAUAGUAUAAAAUCUUUUCCAUUUCUUUCGUAUCUUCACUAGCAUAAGCUAUUUUAUGAAUAUUGUUCUGCUUAAGGGAACUUAAGAAUCUCAUGUUUUACUCAGCAGAAAUCUCACUUCCUUCAAAAAAAACAAUUAUGAUUUAGAUAUUUGUAUUGGGUGAGAAUUAAGAUACUGACUGGCAUUAAUCAAAGAAAUCAAAGAAAUUAGAAAGUACAGUAUGAAGAUAUUUGUAAGGAGCUGACCUUUGUGCUGAAUUUUUUUACCAGAUAUGCAAUCAGAUGAAUUUGCUAAGAUCCAAAACAUUUAAUCCAAACCUGUAAGGAAGUGGACCUUAUUUUUUUAAUUUUAUUUUAAUAGAGUAGUAUCAUAUUCUCAUUCAUUCUGAUUUGAAGAGGGCACUUAAAAGACUAAGAAAGUUGUAGAGCCUGUGCAAUCUCAGUAUCUUCAUGUAACUGAAGUAGUGUUUCUCAGUAUCUUCAUGUAACUGAAGUAGUGUGUCUCAACCUCAGCAACUUUAAGAUGUGUGCACAUCGACCCCCAGAAUUCUCCAAAGAGAAUCCAAACUACCUGGGGAAUUCUGAAAAAAAGUCUAUACAUCUUGUUGAAGAUGAGAAACACAGUUUCUCACAGUUUUGAAGAUGAGAAACACUGAACUAAAGGAACAAGACUUCGGGUAUACAGCAGCUUGUUUAAUUUCAUCUUGCAAGCUAAGUAUUUAUACAUUAGUUGUCCCUAAAAAAAACCUUGCUGGGGAAACAUUUUAUGACAACAGAGGUAGGAAUAUGCAGUGUCAGCUGUCAAGUUAAGCAUUGCUAAUCUUGGGAGACCAGGAACACCAAGGAGCUGCCAUAACUACUGAGAAUCUUAUCCAUGCUUCUCUGGCUUCUGAGUUUUCAGCAUUAGCCAUACGCUAUCAAUAUCUCCUCAGUUGUUAGGAAAAAAAUCAUUUGCAAAACAAAAACACAAGAUGAAAUUUUGAGAAAGGAACAUUAUGUUACUUCUGUCACAUUCUGCAUUUUUUUCUGGUUUUUGAAAGACUACCAUGUACCUAUAGUCUGUAUAUGUUCUCUGUAGCAUUAUCUAUAUUGUUAGAAUAGAGUAAUUCGUUUUUAUUAGUACUUUUAAGUGUAAGAUAAAUAUCACUAUCCUCGUUCUCAAGAAAAAAUUAUCUUAAAAAACCCCGAUUACGUAAUAAAUAUGAUGGCACUGGAAUUUAUUGUGCUGUCAAUAGUCGUGCCUCAGCUGAGGUGGUGAAAGUGCACGUGAGCGAGUGAAUGAGUGAGCCGGUGAGUGGGUCUAGCUGGGCUUCAGUGACACCGGGCCAAAUUCCGCCGAAAUAAUAACAGUUAACAGUUCACUACACUUGGCGCUGUCAUUCCUAUUUUACUAUGCACGCCGCUUCUCCUCUCUGCAAAGCGCGAUGUUUUCCCCAGGCAAUCGAGGCCAAGGGUCAAGUGUUAAUGCCUGUCUACAUUAAAACUAUUUACAAAAAGAGGACGCGGGCUUUCCCAUGCACGGGUGCUUGACCCUAAGAAGAGGAGGGGAGGUCGCUCUUGGGCCAACGUGAGGAAGCGGCUCCUUUAAGUACCGGGCUGCGCCUCCUCUUUCCUUCAGCUGCUCCCGGAGCUGCGGCGAGGCGAGGCGAAGCGAAAGCGCCCGGUCCAUUGUUGGAGAAAGCGCAGGCGCGCGCCGCUUUUGCCAUCUGGAGCCGUCGCCUGUCCGAUCAGCGCAUCUCUCCUUUCUGCAGCUCACCUGCUGGGCCCCCGAAAGGCAGGUCCGCGCGCGUCCCGGUAGCAAGUCGCCCAGCGCGCGCACACACACACGUGCUCGCUCUUUCUCCCGAGGAAACGCAUCUGGCCGCUUUCCGAUGGCUUCCUCCACGCGCGAGUGGGCCGGGCUGGCCGCCGCGUCCCUCAAGUAAAGGUGCGAGAAGAGCGCCGCCACCGCCGCCGCCGUCGCUUCCUCCUCCUCCUCCUCUUCCACCAUGCCGUUGGCUUUCUGUGGCAGCGGGCACAACUCGUCUGCUUACAAGGUGACCGACGGGGUGCUCAACAACGGCUGUUUCGUGGACGCCCUGAACGUGGUCCCCCAUGUUUUCCUGCUUUUCAUCACGUUCCCCAUUCUCUUCAUAGGAUGGGGAAGUCAAAGUUCCAAAGUUCAUAUCCAUCAUAGCACUUGGCUUCAUUUUCCUGGUCAUAAUUUACGGUGGAUUUUGACUUUUAUCCUUUUGUUUGUGCUGGUCUGUGAAAUAGCUGAAGGGAUUGUGUCAGAUGGGAUUUCAAAAUCUGGUCAUUUACACCUAUACAUGCCACCAGGGAUGGCAUUUUUGGCAGCCAUCACAUCCAUUGUUUAUUAUCACAACAUUGAAACAUCCAAUUUUCCAAAAUUAUUAAUAGCCUUGCUGUUCUAUUGGACUUUGGCUUUUAUAACCAAAACUAUCAAGUUUGUCAAGUUUUGUGAUAAUAAUAUUGGACCACGCCAGCUUCGAUUCUGCCUAACAGCACUCUUGGUUGUACUUUAUGGAAUGCUGCUAAUUGUAGAAAUUAACGUAAUCCGAGUGAGGAGAUAUAUUUUCUUCAAAAAAACCAAAGAGGUAAAACCUCCUGAGGAUCUUCAGGACCUUGGAGUCAGAUUCCUGCAACCUUUUGUGAAUCUCCUAUCCAAAGGAACAUAUUGGUGGAUGAAUACUUUUAUUAAAACUGCCCACAAAAAGCCCAUAGAUUUGAAAGCUAUAGGCAAACUGCCUAUUGCAAUGAGAGCUUUGACCAACUACAUGCGCCUUAAUGAGGCUUUUCAAGCACAAAAGAACAAAGACACUCCAUACCCACAAGGAUCCAGAAGUAUUUGGGGUGCCCUCUGCUAUGGCUUUGGAAGACCUUUAGCUCUAAGCAGCACUUUCCGUAUCCUGGCAGAUUUGCUUGGAUUUGCUGGUCCACUUUGCAUCUCUGGGAUUGUUCAUGUAAGGAAAGAAAACAGCACUUUGCCUGUCCAGAUUAAAAUAAUGGGUGUUUACUUCAUCUCUUCUCAAGAAUUCUUGGCUAAUGUUUAUGUUUUAUCGGUCCUCCUUUUUUUUGCACUUCUAUUGCAAAGAACCUUUCUCCAGGCAUCAUACUAUGUGGCCAUUGAAACAGGAAUUAACCUGAGAGGAGCAAUACAGACAAAAAUCUAUAGUAAGAUCAUGAGACUAUCAACCUCCAACAUGUCCAUGGGGGAAAUGACCUCAGCUCAGAUCUGUAAUCUGGUUGCAAUAGACACAAACCAGCUAAUGUGGUUCUUCUUCCUAUGUCCUAAUCUCUGGGCUAUGCCUGUACAGAUUAUUGUUGGAAUUGUUCUGCUCUAUUACCUGCUUGGAAUCAGUGCCUUAAUAGGAGCAGCUGUAAUCAUAGUGCUGGCCCCUGUUCAAUACUUUGUAGCCACGAAACUUUCACAAGCUCAAAGAAGUACACUGGAAUAUUCCAAUGAGAGACUGAAGAAAACAAAUGAAAUGCUUCGAGGCAUAAAACUACUCAAACUCUAUGCCUGGGAACACAUUUUUCACAGUAGCGUGGAAGAAACUCGGCAAAAGGAAAUGACAAGUCUUAAGGCUUUCGCUCUUUAUACCUCUAUAUCAAUUUUCAUGAAUGCAGCAAUACCAAUUGCAGCUGUUCUUAUAACGUUUGUUGUCCAUGCCCAUCUCUUUGCCAAUGCUGACUUUUCUCCUUCGGUGGCCUUUGCAUCGCUCUCUCUCUUCCACAUCCUUGUGACACCCCUGUUCCUACUCUCCAGUGUGGUUAGAUCCACUGUUAAAGCUCUUGUAAGUGUCCAAAAGUUAAGUGAAUUUCUCUCGAGUGAAGAAAUUGCAGAAGAGUAUGAUAAAUGUCCUGAGCCAAAAAACCCAGACAACCACAGCAAAUAUCAGGUUCUUACCCUCAAAGUUGUUAACCGUAAGAGGCCUGCCAGAGAGGACUGGAACAAUUACAGCUCUCGUAUAAGAAGAUCUAUUAGCAGCACAGAAGCAGAUGAUUUUUGUGUAAAGGUCACGAAUGGAUUUUUCACAUGGACGCCAGAAGGAGUUCCAACUUUAUCCAGCAUUGAUAUUCGAAUUCCUCAAGGUCAGCUAACAAUGAUUGUGGGACAGGUAGGCUGUGGUAAAUCAUCUCUCUUAUUAGGAAUACUUGGAGAGAUGCAGAAGACAUCUGGGAAUGUGAUCUGGAAUAGCAACAUUCCUGACAAUGAGACAGGAGAAGAUGUCAGCUCCGACAUGGAAACAAUGGUUGAAAUGGAGCCCAGAAAAAGAGGGCCAGUGGCAUAUGCUUCUCAGAAGCCAUGGUUGUUAAAUGCUACUGUGGAAGAAAAUAUCACUUUUGAAAGCCCCUUCAAUAAACAAAGGUAUAAAGCAGUAAUUGAUGCUUGCUGUCUUCAACCUGAUAUUGACAUACUACCUCAUGGAGACCAAACACAGAUUGGAGAGAGGGGUAUUAAUUUAUCUGGAGGUCAGCGCCAAAGAAUCAGUGUAGCAAGAGCUCUUUACCAACAGACAAAUGUGGUAUUUCUGGAUGAUCCAUUUUCAGCACUAGAUAUCCACUUGAGUGAUCAUCUCAUGCAAGAAGGAAUUCUGAAUUUGCUAAGAGCAGACAAGAAAACCAUUGUUUUAGUUACCCACAAACUACAGUAUCUGCCCCAUGCUGACUGGAUUAUUGCAAUGAAGGAUGGUACCAUUCAGCGAGAAGGCACACUGAAGGAUAUCCAGAAAGCUGAAUCUGAGCUCUUUGAACAUUGGAAAACACUAAUGAAUCGACAGGACCAAGAACUAGAAAAGGAGACUCUAAUUGAAAGAAAAACUGUAUUAGACAAGAAGAAUAUUAAAAAGACAAUGCAUUCUCAAGAAAUCCUUCUAGAUGAAGAAGAGGAUGAUGACGAGAUGCCUGAGAGUGAUGAUGAUGACAACUUAUCUUCUGUCCUUCAUCGAAAAACAGAGAUGUCAUGGAAAGCAUGUGGAAAGUAUCUCAGCUCAGCAGGAUUUCUCUUCUUGCCUCUGUUGAUCUUUUCUCAAUUUCUAAAACAUUCGGUCAUGGUGUCCAUUGACUAUUGGCUAGCCUUGUGGACAUCUGAUGCUAUUUCUUCUGAGAUGGGGAAAAACUGCUCUUUUUGUCAGGAAUCCAAGUUUAGCCAUUUUUCCUAUUCAAAGAUAUUCAGCAUUCUCUGUUGUAUUGGGAUUAUAUUAUGCCUUGUAACAUCAAUAGCAGUAGAAUGGACAGGCUUAAAAGUUGCCAAAAAAGUUCACUGCAGUCUUCUGAAUAAAAUUAUUCUGGCCCCAAUGAGAUUUUUUGAAACCACACCCCUGGGAAGUAUUUUGAACAGAUUUUCAGCAGAUUGUAACACUAUUGAUCAGCAUAUCCCUGCUACUCUGGAGUGCCUGAGUCGUUCUACCUUGUUAUGUUUAUCAGCUCUUGCAGUGAUUUCAUAUGUAACACCUGUGUUUCUGAUAGCUCUCGUACCUCUUGCCGUCAUAUGCUAUUUCACCCAGAAAUAUUUUAGAGUAGCAUCAAGGGAUCUACAGCAGUUGGAUGAUAGUACACAGCUUCCGUUACUUUCUCACUUUUCAGAGACAGUGGAAGGGCUAACAACUAUACGAGCAUUCAGCCAAAUCUUGAAUUAUAAAUUGGAGAUACAGUAUGAAUCCCGAUUUAAACAGAAGCUUCUUGAAUAUACGGAUUCUAACAACAUCGCUUCCCUUUUCCUUACAGCUGCCAAUCGUUGGCUGGAAGUUCGCAUGGAAUAUAUUGGAGCAUGUGUGGUGCUUAUUGCAGCAGUUACAUCCAUUACCAGUUCUCUAAAGAAUAAUCUCUCUUCUGGUCUUGUAGGUUUAGGAUUAACCUAUGCUCUGAUGGUGUCUAACUACCUAAACUGGAUGGUUCGCAACCUGGCUGAUAUGGAGCUUCAACUGGGAGCUGUGAAAAGACUCAAUGGCCUUAUAAAAACAGAGGCUGAAAAUUAUGAAGGGCUGCUUUCUCCAGCGCAGAUUCCUCAGAACUGGCCUGAUCAGGGGGAGAUUCAAAUACAGAAUCUAAGUGUCCGCUAUGAUAGCACUCUGAAGCCUGUGCUAAAACAUGUCAGUGCCCAUAUCUCUCCAGGACAAAAGAUUGGAAUAUGUGGCAGAACAGGCAGUGGGAAGUCAUCCUUUUCUCUAGCCUUUUUUAGAAUGGUUGAUGCCUUUGAAGGAAGGAUCAUUAUAGAUGGCAUAGACAUUGCCAAGCUUCCUUUACAAACUCUGAGAUCCAGAUUGUCAAUUAUUCUCCAAGACCCCAUUUUGUUCAGUGGCACAAUCAGAUUUAACUUGGAUCCAGAAAAGAAAUGCACUGACAGCACCUUAUGGGAAGCAUUGGAAAUAGCACAACUGAAGCAUGUGGUGAAAGCUUUACCUGGGGGGCUAGAUGCAAUAGUCACAGAAGGUGGAGAAAAUUUCAGCCAAGGGCAAAGACAGCUGUUCUGUUUAGCCAGAGCGUUUGUACGGAAAACAAGUAUCUUAAUCAUGGAUGAAGCCACAGCGUCUAUUGACAUGGCAACUGAAAACAUUCUUCAGAAGGUUGUAAUGACUGCCUUUGCUGAUCGUACAGUAGUGAUAAUUGCACACCGGGUGCACACUAUUCUGAACGCUGAUAUGAUUAUUGUCAUGAAGAGAGGAGUUAUUUUAGAAUACGACAAACCAGAAAUUCUGCUGGAAAAAGAAGACAGUGUGUUUGCUUCUUUUGUUCAAGCAGACAAGUAGCUAUGGUAUAAACUAUUAAACCACUCAGAAGAACUGUUUUAUUAUCAAUUUUCUAAUUAUGUAAAAUAUCUGUAAAUAAAAAAUAUUUAAUAAUAAAAAGCUUAGUCCAUAAGUUCUUAAGAAAUAAAGAACAAUUCAUUUACCUCUUAAGUGUGAGUAUCUUACUUUUCCAGUAGGAGCUAUUGAGAUUUUUUUUUCCUUUUUCACAGGUUUAUCUCCAAGUUUCAUAAUGAAUCAACUUGAAAUUUUAAAAAGAAAAGCAAGUUUGCAUGAUGAGGUAUUUAAAUUAGGGCUCUGCCAGUUGUCAAAAAUUGACACCUUAGAUAAGAACCUUACAUUAGUCAUGCCUAUCUAUCAAAGGCAAAGGCUACACCAGCAAAAGAAUUAUGUGACUGCACCUGUAAUUAAGUACAUUAUGUACAUUGAAUAUCACAUGGAUAAGGAAUAUAUCUUGGCAGGAUGAUAGAUAAUUGUAAAACCAUUUACCAAAUUAUGGAUACUUCUGUGGCAACUUCAAACCCAUAGCAAUUUUACUGGUCAAAACAAGUUAAAUGAAAAUAUAAUGCAAAGCCCAUUACACAGAAGCAGGCACGAUAUACCGAAAUCUGAACAAUUAGCUCUUAUUAACAAUACAGCUCAUACAAUAAAACAAUACAGGUUAUAACUGCCAAAUAUGCACUCUAUAGCUUACUAAAGUUUUACACAAUUGACUAGUGGUAAAUCUGUGGCAGAUUAAAGAUCAUUCUUCAUACAAUUUAUGGUUUUAAAAUCUCUUAUUUCAAUAUCUUUCUUACAAAUUGAACCCUUCCUAAAUAUGUAGAAAUGUGUCAUUAGUAUAAGCAGAAGAUUCACCCAUUUCUUUAAAAGUAAUUUUUAUUAAAGGUUUUAUGCAUUGUAAAAAUAAACAUAAAAGAAAAAGAGCAAAUAAAGAAAAUAGAGCCAAUGAACAGAUUAAAAAGAGAGAAAAGGGAAAAAAAGAAAAUAUAAUUUCCAAUCUUCUUUACAGCAGUUCAAAUAAAUUUACCUAUUCUUCUCCUUUAAGGUUAUAUUAUGGUUCCCUUCAAGGCUCACUCAUUUUUCAGUAGAUCCAUGAGCCAUUCAUCCUGGAUGAGGCUUUCUAACCACAUAUUUCUAGGCUAUUCCUUAAAUACACUUUUCUCAACCAGCACAGUACACUAUGUCUUAAAUGUCACACAAAGAUUUUCAUUCUAUUUGCACCCUAUAUUAACCUUGAUUAAGGAGCAUGAAUGUGUUGGAGGAGAUUCUGCAACGUCUUGAAUUUUUCCAGGACAGAACCCACUGGCUACUUAGCACAGAGAAAUAUAAAAGUACAAUUUCUGUCAAGCCGUAGAAAGGCCAGGACGAAAAUGUGCUGAUUUUAAAAGCCAAGAGCUCUAAGACAGGGAUAGCAGUAUUAACUGUCAGAAGAUAAUCAAGGGGUUAAGAAUAAACAUCCUGUAUUAUCCCAGAAUCACUGUUUCCAGGAUUCUUGAGUCUGGUGUAUAUUUUUAUUUACUACAGAAAUAUAGCAUCAAAUGUAGUAUUUUAACCAGAAUCUUAUACUUUCCAUAUCCUCCAAAUGCACAGCAACCACUGUAUGAGAUUUAUGGAAACCAGAAUUCCAAUACCUAUAACCUUAGUUAGCUAUGUUGGUCUUGAACAGAGUGGAUUCAAUUCUAGUACCACUGUCAGACAGUGAAGCUCACUGGAUGACUUUAAGUGAGUUACCAUCUCUUAUCCCAACCCACCUUAGAGGGUGAUGGUUGCUGAGAAAAAGGAUAGGAGGGAAUAGGAUGGACACCAUCUUGAGUUCCUGAAGGAAAGACAGACUCUAACUCUAAAUAGGUAAUCUUCAUGGUAGUGUAAUAUUUAGGUUAUGCAUGAUUGAGACCAGUUUGGUACAGCGGCUAAGGUGCUGGACUGGAACUUGGGAGACUAGCAGUUUCUAGUCCUCUCUUAGAAAUAAAAGCCAGCUGGGUGGCUUUGGGCCAGUCACUUAUCCCAACCCACUUAACAGAGUUAUUGUUGUGAGCAAAACAGGAAAGAGGAGCAUUACAUAAGUGUGCUGCCUUGAAUUGCCCAAAAUAGUGUGUGAGGGGGAAUCUAAUAAUUAAACAACUGGAGACAAUGUAGCACUAUGUAGGCUCCUUUACUUAGCUUGGUUUAUGUAAAUAAACAGUCUGAAGACAACGGUGUCCAUUGCACUGCUGUUUUUUCAGAUCCUUUUCUAAAAUUUCUCAUACCAAGUUUACUUUUUCCACAGAUCCUGCAAACUGAGCUAUCCAAGUUUAUUAAGAAAGGGAAACAAAAUAACAGAGGAACCUUGGAAUGUCAGGGUUAUUUGGACCACAAUAGGUAAAACAUAACUUUAUAGGGCAGCCGUUGUAUACUAAAAUAUGCUGGAAUUAGCAGUUAGUGUGAAAUGCAACUUUACAAGGAGUAUAAUACAGAUAUGUCCAAUCUGCAGCCCACGGGCCACAUGUUAUUUAUAUACAUCAACUAUAUUGUGUACAAGCAGUGAAUCUGGCUUCCCCAUUCACUUUGCUUGUCAGAAAGUCGCAAAAGAUGAUCACAUGACCCCAGGACACUGCAACAGUCAUAACUAAGAACCAGUUGCCAAGCAUCUGAAU